AUGCAGCUCAGCGCCGACCCCGACUUCCACUACGAGAUCCUGCGCGUCAUGUCCUUGGCACCGUACCAAGGCGCCGACCUGGGAGAAGUCCUCGUCGCCGCGCAAAAGAUUCAACCCAAAGACGUGGAAAGCUUCUACGGCGCAUUCAACGGCCUCGCCACGCGCGUCGACAAGACGGCCCGGGCCAUGGACGCCAGAAAGAAGCCAAUCUCGGCGCGCCAGCACUUCUUCAAGGCAGCAACGUACUACCGCUCCGCCGACUUCUUCCUACACGGCAACGGGAGCGACCCGCGCAUCGACAGCCUCUGGGAGAAGCACCUGGCGGCAUUCAACUCCGCGAUUGCCCUGCUCCCCACGCCGGGGCGGCGCAUCUCGCUCGGCGCCAGCAACGACAGCUUCACCAUCCCGGCCAUCUUCUACGGCUGCGGCAUGCCGGGCCCCCGUCCAACCUUGAUCCUGGGCAACGGGUACGACGGCGCUCAGGAGGAAAUGUACCACGUCAUCGGGCAGGCGGCCCUCGAGCGAGGAAUCAACGUCAUGACCUACGAAGGACCGGGCCAGCCGAGCGUCCGCCGCGAGCAGAACCUCGGCUUCAUCCCCGACUGGGAAAAAGUCGUCACGCCCGUCAUCGACCACCUGCUCACGCGGCCCGAGGUCGACCCCCGCGCCAUCGGCCUGCUGGGCUACUCAAUGGGCGGAUAUCUCGCGCCCCGGGCGGCCGCGUUUGACCACCGGCUCGCUGCCGUGCUGGCCGUCGACGGCGUGUACGACUACGGCGCGGCCAAUCUGGACAAGUUUCCCGAAAGAAUGAGGGCGAUAUUCAAGGCUGGCGACGCGACGCUCUUCAAUCGCCUUGUUGAGCAGCGGCUGGCCGAUCCGGCUGCCACGACGGCCGCCGUCUGGGGAGUCCAGCAGGGCCUGUGGUCGUUUAACGUCGAGACACCGUUUGAGUGGAUGACGAAGCUCGAGGACUACACCUUGGCGAGCGUGCUUCCCAAGAUACGGACGCCCGUGUUUGUGGCACAGGCGGAGCGGGAUGAUGUGAUUCCCGGACAGAGCCGGCUCCUCGCCGAGAAGCUGGGCGAGCUGGCUACACACCAUGUUUUCGAGAGCGUCGAUGGAGCCGCGUACCAUUGUUCCGUCGGGGCAAGUGUAUUGCAAAACCAUGUGUUGCUGGAUUGGUUUGAGGACGUGUUGCAGAGGCGUAGCAGGUAG